AUUCUGGUAUCUGGUUUUAGGUGAUGAUUGAAGUUGAAAAAGAAUUCAGCCAGGAGACAAGAGAGAAUAGUGAAGAUAGCAGCAAAUGUAUGCCUUCCCUGACCAGAGAGGAGAUACGCAAGCUUACCAUGGGCCGGGACAUUGCUAAACUCAUGGAAGAGACCAUGGACCCAAGCAGUUUGGAGGGAUUACUAACUCGGCACCAGGUGGAACUGGCAAGGUCAUGGCGGCAGCAUCAAGAAGAAGAGAGGCGGCGCAAUAUAAAUGCUGAAGUUCAGUGCAGGAUGGCCAAGAUAAAAAUUCUUUAUGAUGCAACACCAGUAUUAAAGGUACGCAUUGUUGAUCAUGAUGGUGCUGGAGCCAUGUUGACAGUCUGGAGACCAUCGGAGGAGCUUAGGCAGACGCUCACAGAAGGCAGCCACAUGAUCUUAAAUUAUCUCCUGGCUACAGGUCUUAGAAAUGGAUGUCUGCAGUUCAGAGCUACACGACACACUAGAUGGGAACAGGGUGCAGAUGGCCAAGAUAAUUUCCCUGAAUUUGAUCGUCAAGCAACUCCUUUGUGUUUGAUGACAUCAGGGGAAUUAAAGCCAAUGUGGAAUGAAGUAGAUGUUGCAGGAGUUGUAUUGAGGGUGGGGCUGCUGGACAAAGGAGCACAAAUAGUUCACAUUGUUGACCAUCAUGUUAACAUUCUUGCUCUCAGAUUUUGGGGAGGUAUUAAGGAGUGUGGAGUAGAAGAUAUUGUGAAACUAGGUUCUAUCAUAUGUGUGUCAAAUGGUAGUUGGCGUGGGCACACAGGUGGAAGGUUUGGAUGUAUACAUGUAACAGAACUGACCGUCAUUAGCACUGCACCUCGAAGUGCCCACCUACAUGAAGCUGCUACCCAUCUGAAGGAAAGUAUUAAGAAUAUGAAGGAUCUGUUGCAAGAAGGUGAUAUGAAACUAGAUAGACAAUUUGACAGUCGUGCAUUCCCUACUGAACCAACUUACGGACAUGGGCAUAAUGAUUCAGUAAAAAGUUUGCAAGAAGAAAUUGCUCAACAACAGCCAAGAUUUAAAGAUAGUGUGGAAAUCUCCAAACAAGAAAGUGGGAGUGUAAUGGAUAAUGGAUCUUUGAGCAUAAAUGGUGAGAAAAUUGCCGAUCCUAAACUCAUUCGGCUGUAUCAACGAACACGAGAAGUGCGUAGCAAGCUUAAGACACUAGGACAGUAUGGGACACCAUCUGCAUUGCGCACUCUUCAGUCCCCACUUGCUUUAGGAGCUCGUAAACCAUUUCGACUACCUUUCAAACAGCCACAAAAAACUGACAGUGCAGAAAAUAAGAGUGAGUGAUUAUUUAUCAUAACAUAGUUAUGGUAACAAAUGUUUUACUUAAGCUGUGCAGCCAAAUCUUAUUACUUACCAUAAAACAAUAUUGGCAUAACUGUGAUUAUGUAAAAAAAAAAGAUAGUGCUGUGAUAGCUGUAGUAGUUAAUAUUAUAUAUUUCUUGAGAAGUGUAUAUUGUUGUAUAUGGGGCUAUUUUUCUAUAUUUACAGUAUACAUGUAUAUUUUUUUUAAACACAUUGGCCAUCUCCCACUGAGGCAGGGUGACCCAAAAAGAACUAAAAAAAAAAAAAAAAAAUUUCAUCAUUCAAUACUUUCACCAUCAUUCACACAUAAGCACUGUCUUUGUAGAGGCGCUCAGAUACUGCAGUUUAGAUGUCCCUUCAAACUGCCAAUAUCCCAAACCCCUCCUUGAAGUGCAGGCAUUGUACUUCCCAUUUCCAGUACUUAUGUCCGGCUAUAUAAAUCCCUUCACUAAAUAUUACCCUUCUCACACUCCAACAGCUCAUCAGGUCCCAAAAACCAUUAGUCUCCAUUCACUCCUAUCUACCACGCUCACACAUGCAUGCUGGAAGUCGAAGCCCCUCGCCCACAAAACUUCCUUUACCCCCUCCCUCCAACCUUUUCUAGGACGACCCCUACCCCGCCUUCCUUCCCCUAAAGAUUUAUAUGCUCUCCAAGUCAUUCUACUUGAUCCAUUCUCUCUAAAUGACCAAACCACCUCAACAACCCCUCUUCAGCCCUCUGACUAAUACUUUUAGUAACUCCACAGCUCCUCCUAAUUUCCACACUCCAAAUUCUCUGCAUAAUAUUUACAUCACACAUUGCCCUUAGACACAACAUCUCCACUGCCUACAGGCUCCCCUUUGCUGCAGCAUUUACAACCCAUGCUUCACACCCAUAUAAAAGUGUUGGUACCACUAUACUUUCAUACAUUCCUUCUUUGCCUCCAUGGAUAACGUUUUUGUCUCCACAGAUACCUCAGUGCACCACUCACAU